AGGGGUUGCCGUUUCGAAUACAUUCUCUCUGACUAUAAAGAAAAGGUGAGUAGGGAGAGAGCGAGGAUCUCAUUCGUUUUUUUCUCUUUGCACCGCAUCGUCCUCUUCGCUUUCUGAUCGCUUUUCCCUUGGUUUUUUCGUGUAUGAGCCAUGGCUUCGAAGAGGAUUUUGAAAGAGCUCAAGGAUUUGCAGAAGGAUCCUCCUUCUAACUGCAGCGCAGGUCCUGUUGCUGAGGACAUGUUCCAUUGGCAAGCAACUAUCAUGGGACCCCCUGAUAGUCCAUAUGCCGGAGGAGUCUUUUUGGUUUCCAUUCACUUUCCUCCUGAUUAUCCCUUCAAGCCACCAAAGGUGUCUUUUAAGACAAGGGUGUACCACCCAAACAUCAACAGCAACGGAAGCAUCUGCCUUGAUAUCCUUAAAGAACAAUGGAGCCCUGCUCUUACCAUAUCCAAGGUUUUGUUGUCGAUUUGCUCUUUGUUGACUGACCCGAACCCAGAUGAUCCUCUAGUGCCGGAGAUAGCUCACAUGUACAAAACGGACAAGUCCAAGUACGAGUCAACUGCACGAAGCUGGACACAGAAGUACGCCAUGGGAUGAUAAGAAGAGACUCAAGUGGUCGAGAGAAGCCAAAGGGUUUAUGUUAUUCUGCAUCCAAAUAUUUUAAACGUUUAAUAUGAAAUGCAAUGUGUUGGAUUUGGUAAACGCUACUUUAUGUGAUCAUAAUCGAGCAACUUAGAUGUUCUUACUCCUCUGCUAUGCGUAAUCACACUAUUAUUAUUA